ACCAAUCGGAAUGUUACAGAGAAUCCUUCAAUCCGUGGUCAGUCGAUUGUCGGAUAGCGCCUCUGUGAAAGAGGAUUAAAAUGUAUCUAAAAGUUUUGUAUUCGUUGUUGUUGAUGUUGAGUUUCUAUGGAAUCCCUUCAACCGGACAGAAGAAAAAGGAGACCCUGCUGUCUGAGAAGGUGGGUCAGCUUAUGGACUGGACAGGGAAGAGAGCUGUGAUCCGUAUGAACGGGGAGAAGUUUCGUCGCUUUGUGAAGGCUCCUCCCAGGAACUACUCUGUGGUCAUCAUGUUCACUGCCCUGCAGCCACAGAGACAGUGUGGCGUCUGCAAACAGGCUGACGAGGAGUUCCAGAUCCUAGCUAAUUCCUGGCGUUACUCCAGUGCCUUCACCAACAAGGUCUUCUUCGCUACCGUCGACUUUGACGAAGGAUCUGACGUCUUCCAGAUGUUGAAUAUGAACUCGGCUCCCUCCUUCAUCCAUUUCCCUGCUAAAGGGAAGCCUAAGAAGUCCGACUCCUAUGAGCUGCAGGUCAGAGGCUUUGCUGCAGAACAGCUGGCCCGCUGGGUCGGGGACCGCACUGACGUACAGAUCCGUGUGAUCCGUCCUCCUAACUAUGCGGGGCCGUUGAUGCUGGGAUUCCUGCUGGCAGUGAUUGGAGGACUGGCUUACCUCCGCAGGAACAACCUGGAGUUCCUCCACAACAACAGCGUCUGGGCCUUCUCUGCUCUGUGUUUCUGCCUGAUCAUGACUUCAGGUCAGAUGUGGAACCACAUUAGAGGACCUCCCUACGCCCACAAGAACCCCACCACUGGACAAGUGAGCUACAUCCACGGCAGCAGUCAGGCCCAGUUUGUAGCAGAAACUCACAUCGUGCUGCUCUUCAACUCUGCUGUUACCAUGGGGAUGGUGCUGUUGCACGAGGCGGCCACGUCAGAUAUGGACAUUGGCAAGAGGAAAAGUAUGUAUCUAG